UAUUUUCCUACCUUCUGACUUUCCAACCCUUUCUUCUUCCUCCAGUCCUUUCCCUUUUAUCCCGCCUCCCUUACGCUCGCUGCCUGCACAUCGUGCCUUCUCUUCGAAUCUGGUCAUUCGUUAACCCCUCUGUCACUGUGUGCCUCUCCUGACUUGAAACACCUGCACUUCACGCGCCAAAGAGGUCUCACUUAUUUGAAUCACCUCAGUCAACAGUCUCAACACAGCCCCGUCUUGAGUCGAGUCAUCUCAUAUACUACCGGUCACCGUCUCGGUAAAGAGAUCUUCGACAUCUUCGACUAAGUCACCUCUCGGUCACGCCUCAUACCUCACCCAUCAUGCGAGUCGUCCGUCUCUCGUUCCUCCUCUACUCUCUGGCCCUCGUGGCCGUCACGGCUGGCCAGAGCCAGGGAGUCACUGACAUAGCUGCCGUCACCUCUGGCCUCCCAGCGCCGACCACCACGGAUUCGUCGACGACCUCGACAACAUCAUCGUCUGAGUCCAAAGAGACCACAUCUACUACUAGUUCCGAGAGUACAAAGUCGACAACAACAACAUCAACGGAUACUACCUCGACCACCUCUAAGAACGAUAACCCUGCGCCUACCCCAACCACAUUGUCCACAACUUCCAAAGACGAUACUCCAGCAUCUACCACCACCUCUGAUGGUACGUCGGCAGCUGAGACCAGCGGAACGAAGACUUCCAGUUCGAGCGAUGUGGUCAAGACGAUCACCACGACUCACACGAUCAGUGGAACACCUGUGCCGACCACGUACACCACCACUUCUCCACAAGGCAGCAGCUCGACGGAUUCUCCUAGCUUGAACGGCUCAACCAACAAGGACUCCAGCUCUGGUCUCUCUUCUUCUCAGAAGAAGAUCAUUAUCGGUGUCGUGGUGGGUGUUGGUGGUGCCAUCAUCAUCGGUGCUAUUGCUGUAGUCAUGUGGAGGAUCCGUGCCAGAAGACGUGCCGCGGCCGACAACGAUGAGGCUGCCGAUCUCAUGAGUGGCACAGCUGUCGGUAGCGGUACUCGAGAGAAGGCCCCCAGCCCUGGGGCUGGCGGUACGCCAUUCAGAAGUACACUCGACCAAUACCACAACCCUGGUCCUGUUAACGCUGCGUCCAACUUCUAAGGGUCGUUUAGGCCACUUUAGCUGAUGACAGUUCCUUGGUACCCUUCUUUCAAGGUUGUACAUCUGUAUGAGUAUACGCACGUCCUUUUUUUUUUUUUUUUUUU